AGCCCCUGGGGAGGCGGCGGGGAGCGGUGAAGGUGAUGGCGAGGACGGCGCGACUCCGCCGUGCCUAGAAGGCAUGUCGCAGCUGCAGUUUGGCGCGCUCGAGCUCUCACAGAGCCAGGACUUCGAGAGUGACUUCAUGCCCAGUGAAGGGGAUGCUGCGCAUCAAACUGUGGAGAAAGCAGAAGAUCAUAGCGGGAGGCAAAAACCUGUCUGUGACCCUACUAAGACUGAGAAACCCCGUGGUUCUGGUCACGAGGAGUCAGAUAUCUUGUCAACUCAGGAAGAGAUGUUUCCUGAGGACAAUGCAACAGGUAACAACUGCCCGCUAACCAGGGCAGAGGAGGAAACGUCUCUGGCGUGCACCCCGGCCCGCAGUCUGCAACUGCUGCAGCUCUCCGGACAGGGACCCCUCGCACAAGAGAGUCGCUCCACUGUCUCUUCAGGCCUCGUUAUUCCUCCUUCUGUUGCCUUUGAAGCCGGUGCUCUUGUCCCCAGCAGCCCCACCGAACAGGAGGCAGCAAAAGAAGGGGGAGAGCUGCGGCAGAGCAGAGCUCCGCUGGUGGAGGUGGCCAUCCCGGGUAUCCCAGCAGGACCCCUUGUCCUGCCACAGGCUUCAACUCCAGUGUCCCAGAGUGCCCCAACCUUCUCUCCUGGAUCUUUCCCUGCGCCAUCACAGCCGGAGUUCUCUCACGAUAUCUUUGUUCCCACUCAGAGCCCAGAGAAGCAGCAGGAAGGAGGAGAAAAAGCUGCUGCUUUCACCCAUUUGUGCGCAGCAGGAGCUCUCCCCAGGCACACGGACGCUUCCUCAGAGGCGUCCGCAGGCGACUGCGAGUGCUGCAGCCUGGUGCUGUCUGCAAGCGAGGCCUUACGCUGGAGGGGCUGUUGUGGGGAGAACGACAGAAAACCGGGGCUGGAUGCGGGUGCUCAAGAUCUCUCUGCAAACUGCGAGAAGGCGCGAGAGGAGGAUUCCCAGGGGACAGGAACCCCCAAAAUGCAGCCAGCGAGUGCAGCAGGGGCCGAGGAUGGGCCGCCAGCCCCUGCUGCUCGGUGGGACAUGGGGUGUGUCUCAGGAAGCCGUGCUGCAGCAGAUCAGGCUGCUCUGCCUGAGGGUUUGUCACACGCUCAGGGUAGAGCAGCACAGUCUGAGGAUUGUCCGUUGGAGGAGACUCCGGAACCUGAGGCCAUUCCUGAGACUCAGUGUGAAGAAUCAAAACCACAGGAGGAGCAAAUGAGCGAGGACGGGUCCCUUACCCAUACAGUGCUUUCUCAGAGGCUUCUGGAGAGGGAAGCACAGUGUUGGGAAGACAUGGACCUGGACCUGGAAUCUGCUGAUGGUUCCUGCGGAAAUAGCAAAAACUGGUCUGAUCAGGCCCAGGAAUUAGAAAAGAUGGGGCUGGAAAGGCAGGGAAAAGGAACCUGGGAAGGCCCUGCGUCUGGCACUGGGGAGGCGAAGGAUCAACUGUCCUUUAAGGCUGCUUCGGAGAAGGUGCCAGAGCUCGACGGAGCAUCAGCUGAGCCAUGCGUGGGGGCGGUACAGCAGCAGCACAACAGCCUGUUCCCCACGGCCAAGAGUGGCGUGCCAUCGGAAGUGCCGCUGGGUGCUGGAACCCACCCUGGUUGGCCGGAAUUAGACCGGGUAACGGGGAAUCGGCCCCCGCUUCAGGAGAGAGGGGUUGGCAUGCCGGUGACUCGGGAGAGCUGGGUGCCAGAGGAUACGGAGGACACGGUUACGCCGAGGAACCUGGAGCGAGAGGCGCAGAUGCAGCCACGUGAGAAGGCAGCUGCCAAGUCCCCCAGUCCUUGCGGAGGAGCCCCGUUCCACUUGGCGUUGCCGAAGGAGGGUGACGUCAUUCAGCCCCUGACCAGUAUAACGCCGCCUCCUCUCGGCCAGCUGAAAAUGGGACCCAGAAGACACAGCACCCCAAUUGUGGACGACAGUUGUCCGGAGAGCACUAUAGCAACUAGUGACGUUACAGCAGAGGGCACGAUGGGCACCAACGUCACCGUGGAAAGUGCGGUGGUAUCAGCAGACAUGUCGGAAAUGUGCGAGAAGGAGGAGUCUGGUGCAGUUCCUGAGCCUGAUGCAAAACUCUCUCUGCGAAUGACCCUGGUCACCCCUGUGAACGACGGGAGCGAGGAUUCCCUGCCAUUCAGUUUGGAAAAGCCUGCGGCCGGUGACAGGAAGGAUGGAUCGGAUGGAUCUGCUGCUGCUGGGGCUGCUGCCAGCUCCCAGAAAGCAUCAUCUGUGUUUAGUCGUGUCUGUGAAGUUCGUCGAGAGGAUGAGGCCAGAGGUCAUGGUCUUUCCACUUCUCCGUUUAGGGGGAAUCUGUUCGGUUUUCCUGGGUCGCAGGAAGAUGCUGGAGUACAUGAAAACGCCGGUGGCUGGCAGUCCCAGCAGCACAAGGCGGCUGACGGUGGUGGGCAGGUCCUGGUUCCUGAGAGGACGCAGCGGGAUGGCCGUCAGCAGCCUGGUGCAGAGGCUGGGGCGUCUGUGGGGACCGGCCCUGUAAGCGCUCAGCCAGGAGAGGGGAGAGGGAUGCAGAAGAAAUCGAGUAAGGCGGUGACGAUGGAUGAGAGCCGAGAGAGGUGGGCACACACCAAGAAUCAAGGGGUCCAAGCUACAGCAGACUGUCGGUCCACCCCGGUAACUGUUACGGCAGCAACACAGACGUCAGGAGAAAUCCGCAGGCAGGUGGAAGUGGGAACCAGCAUGUCUGGGCAGAGACCUGAGCAACAAGACGCCAACAUCCAGACUGAGGAGAGUGGGGACAAGCUUGCCAACGCCUCUGGCGAGGACACCGACUCCCUGCACAGUCAGGGAGAGGAGGAGUUUAAUCUUCUUCACCCGCCCAAAGGCCGAGUUCAGCAUCGCCACAUGCGAACCAUUCGAGAAGUGCGCACCGUUGUGACGCGCGUGAUAACGGACGUUUACUACAUCAAUGGCGCCGAGGUGGAACGAAAGGUUGUUGAGGAAACGGAGGAGCCUGUAGUGGAGUGCCAGGAGUGCGAGACUGACAUGUCCUCUUCUAGAACCGCAGCGGGCUCAUCGCUGACCUCAGGGGACCUUGGGGAUGUCAGCUCCUUCUCCUCUAAGGCCUCAAGCCUCCACCGUCCGUCCAGCGGAGCAAGCCGCGGUCACUCUGCCGCGCACAGCAGCAGCAGCAGCAGCUCAGGGCAAGGGACCGGAGCUGCCAAGGGGCGAGUGUGUGGGACAGAAACCGUGGAGUUUGCGUUACCCACUGGCAAAGGCGCCUUAGGAAAACUAAGCCCUAGGAAAGGAGCCGCUCAGCCGGCAUCUCCGCUCAGAGCUGGCCAGACAGGAGCACUGCCUUGUGAGGAGGAGGAGGACUCUGCGCCUGGCACUCGUCAGGGUGGUAGAGCACCCAUGACACCUCGCGGGCGAGGAAGAAGAGGCCGCCCACCAUCUCGAGCAACAGGAACAAGAGAUGGAGCUGGACUGCUGGGCGUGGAGGAUCUCUCAACUACGGCAUCACCUGAGGAGAAAUCCUUCACCCGUUCCGUUCGCCUGCCAGAUGGAGGGGAGAAGCCGGACACUGCUGGCCUCUGCGCCUUGCGGCGAAGUGACUCCCCAGAAAUCCCGUUACAAGGGGUGACUGCUCCUUCAGACUGUGCGGACUCAUCCUCUGGGAGCAGCUUUGUGGGCCUCAGGGUGGUAGCAAAGUGGUCCUCAAACGGGUACUUCUAUUCUGGGAUGAUUACCCAAGAUGUUGGGGCAGGGAAGUACAAGCUGCUCUUCGAUGACGGGUAUGAAUGUGAUGUGCUGGGGAAAGAUAUUUUACUGUGUGACCCCAUCCCCCUGGAGACGGAGGUGACUGCGCUCUCGGAGGACGAGUACUUCAGUGCGGGUGUGGUGAAGGGGCACCGGAAGGAGUCUGGAGAGCUGUACUACUGCAUUGAGAAGGAAGGCCAGAGGAAGUGGUACAAACGAAUGGCUGUUAUCCUGUCCCUGGAGCAAGGAAACAAGCUCCGUGAGCAGUUUGGGCUCGGACCGUACGAACCCGUCACCCCCCUGACCAAAGCAGCCGACAUCAGCCUGGAUAAUCUUGUGGAGGGGAAACGGAAGCGACGCAGUAACCUUGGUUCUCCCAGCACUUCCAGCAGCAGCACAACUCCCACUCGUAAAGGGCAGGAGAGUCCACGUGUCCCAGCAGGCACACUGUCUGGGAAGAGGAAACUCGUUGCUUCUGAAGAUGAGAGAUCCCCAGCUAAGCGUGGGCGCAAGGCAGCAGUGACAAAGCCUGGGGCUGCGAGAGCUGGAGAGUUCGUAAACCCCUGUGAAGCUGCAGAUGCUGUCGAUCCCCCGCUGCUGGAAGACCAGCAUGGACCCUUGCCCCAUAAUAAGACCCUCUUUUUGGGCUAUGCCUUUCUCCUCACCAUGGCAACACCCAGUGACAAAUCGGCCAACCACCAGAAGCCAUCAGACGGUCCCACGGGGAGCAGUGAGGAAGAAGAAGAAUUCGUAGAGAUGGCUCCGUAUGACAAACGUUACGUAGCCCAGCAGCUGCGGGCAGGAGCUGGCUACAUCCUGGAAGACUUCAAUGAAACCCAGUGCAGUGCAGCCUACGAGUGUCUCUUAAUUGCGGACCAGCACUGUCGAACUCGGAAAUACCUGCUGUGCCUUGCCAGGGGGAUCCCUUGUGUGUCUCACAUCUGGGUCCACGACAGCUGUCACGCUAACCAGCUUCAGAAUUACCGGAAUUACCUUUUGCCAGCUGGUUACAGCCUCCAGGAGCAAAAACUGCUGGAAUGGCACCCGCGAGAAAACCCGUUCCAUAAUCUGAAGGUUCUCCUGGUGUCAGACCAACAGCAGAGCUUCCUGGAUCUGUGGUCUGAAAUCCUGAUGACAGGGGGAGCAGCAUCCGUGAAGCAGCAUCACUCGAGUGCUCAGAACAAAGGUAUCGCUCUGGGCGUUCAUGACGUGGUGGUGACCGACUCUUCCUGCCCGGCCGCUGUCCUGAAGUGCGCAGAAAUCGGCAUUGACCUGCCCCAGUGGUGA